AUAGAUCAACAGUUACCUGUCACUAUAAUCAUCAAUUCUUGAAAACAUUAAAAAAACAAACAUUUCCUUUUCAUGUUUUUUUUUUUUUAAUCAGUCAACUAACCAAAAAAAAAAAAAACUGAAAAACUUCAACAGUCCUAAGCAAAAGAGGAAAUUCCUUUUUCAUGACGAUGGAAUCUAUGCAUUUGUUUCUCCAUUCUCUCUUCUCUUUUAAAAAUCCCCUUUUUUCUCAAAUUCCAUUUUAUACACUGUGCAAGUUCUUUUGAAAAUGCAUAACACAGAGAGUUGGUUGAAUAAUUUGAUGAUUCAAUCGGAUCCGGGUCGGGUUCGGGUUUCGAGUUUAAGCAGUAAUGAUCUGUGUUUAAAUUCUAUCAGCUUUAAUGACUGUAAUGAUGUUGGGUUGUUUCUAGAAGAUUCAGGUUCGAGAUCACACGUGUCAUUCAUUAGGAACAACCAGAGUAGUUGUUUAUAUGUUCGAAAAAAUCAAGGUAGAGGUGGGUUUUUGUCGGUGACGGUGUCGUGUAAUGGAGGUGGAGGGAAUGAAGGGUUUAAGGAAGAUUCUGAUGACGUGGCAGGGUGUGAGGAAGUUGAGAAGAAGGUGGUAAGUGGUGGAGGUGCUGCUGCUUUGAAUACUACUAAACAUUUAUGGGCUGGAGUUGUUGCUGCUGCUGUUUCAAGAACUUUUGUUGCUCCUCUUGAGAGAUUAAAGCUGGAGUAUAUAGUUCGUGGUGAGAAAAAGCAUCUUUUGGAGCUCAUCAAGACGAUUGCAGCCACUCAAGGCAUCAAGGGAUUUUGGAAAGGGAAUUUUGUCAAUAUUCUACGCACAGCUCCAUUUAAGUCUAUAAACUUCUAUUCAUAUGAAAAAUACAGGGAUCAUCUGCUCAAAUUAACUGGUAAUGAGGAGGCAACUAAUCUCGAAAGAUUUGUUGCUGGUGCUGCUGCUGGAAUUACAGCCACUGUGCUCUGCAUACCUAUGGACACUAUUAGGACAGUAAUGGUAGCACCUGGGGGAGAAGCAUUAGGAGGUUUAAUCGGUGCUUUCAGCCACAUGAUUCGCACAGAAGGAUUCUUCUCUCUUUACAAGGGCCUAGUUCCUUCCAUCAUAAGUAUGGCACCUGGGGGCGCAGUUUUUUAUGGAGUUUAUGAUAUACUAAAAUCAGCGUAUUUGCAUUCACCAGAAGGGAGGAAAAGACUACAGAAUAUGAAACAAGGCGAAGAUCUAAAUGCAUUAGAUCAGCUGGAGUUGGGUACAGUUAGAACUUUGAUAUAUGGAGCAAUUGCUGGUGCCUGUUCUGAAGCCGCUACAUACCCGUUUGAAGUUGUGAGGAGACAGCUUCAGAUGCAGGUCCGGGCCACCAAGAUGAGUGCAUUGGCCACUAGCAUGAAGAUAGUUGAGCAAGGUGGUAUUCCUGCCCUCUAUGCAGGAUUGACUCCCAGCUUAUUACAGGUUUUGCCAUCAGCUGCAAUUAGUUAUUUCGUUUAUGAAUUCAUGAAGAUAGUUCUGAAAGUAGAAUAGCUAUGAGAUACGAUUGCUCAAGUCCAUUCAUGUCGAGGAGUGCUAUAAGUUGAUGCUGACCAGUGGCGUACAAGUUAAUAUCAAGGCAAAUUUCAGGCCUUUUUUAAUUAUGUAGCCUGAUGGACACAGUAGGAUUAAUACAUCUGUUUAGGAAGUAUUAAAGAAGUUGCUGUUCAGUUAGGCUUUUCCUUUGUAUCUUUUAAGAGGAGGAAAAUUGCUGAAGCAUUUGUAUCUUUCUCCAUUUAGUUCUAAUGAAUUGUGUGAACACUCUUUCUAUAGUUUAAGCUAUUAUGGAAGAGAUUUUUUACUUA